CGUUUUGUUGCGCAAUUCAUACGAGACGCGAGAAGUCAUGGCGGGACGACGCGGAAACGUCGAGUAAAAAGUGUUGAUGUACGUAUAAUAUUAUCAAUUCUUAUCCUCGUUUUAUUAUCUUCAAAGCGUUGUAAUCGUAUAUAUUGGACAUUCUAUUGGAGAAUUGUUGCAAUGUGCUUUUUCCUCGCGAAAUCUAUUCUACGCUCGCGGCGCGCUUGUGGUCGAUGCACGCUUUAUUUUGGUUACCUCGCGAUGAACAAUCAAAAUAAACUGAAACAUUUUUAGACUUCUGCCGUACAGCGAUCCUUAUGAAAAGUUAGUUAAUAUGAUUGCAAGUCUCUCGACAUUCGUAAACACGUAUAAUGCAAAUACUUGUGUACAGUCAAUGGCAUUCGUCGCAUUAUUUCCAACAUUGCUCGUCGACUCUAAUUGUAAGCGUCGGUAUGAAGUUGCCCUACUUUGUGAAAUUUUUCAACGUAAUUCAAAAAAAGAAACAGUCAAAUUGAGUAGCGCGCGAUCGUCGUGGAGUGUUAAUUAAUGCAUUUGUUUGCAAUUAUCAGUCUUUCGAUAAUCGUAUCAAUCGUGUCCAUUAUGUCGCGCCGAAAUAUCUCGAGAAUAUCGAAUUGAAUUACGGACAGUCGUGAAAAAUAUCAAUAUAUAAUGGCAAUCUUUAACCUAACCUAACCUAAUCUCUAGCACAUUUUUCGACAAUUAAAGCUAAAUUGCGUUCGUCGUGUCGCUCAAGCAUCGGCAUGAAAUUAUCUUUGUCUUUCAAAUUUUUUAAUUGUAUCAGUGAUUUCGCGGGAAUAUUGAGGAAAACUUCGGACGAUAUUGUUUAUCGGAUCGUUAUUCUUUCGCGACUUAGUAGUGUCAAUUGUCGACCAACAUGAUGAUGAUAAAAGCAUAUAACGAUAAUUAAUUUUUUUGAUGAUAUUCUUGUUCGAUGUUUCUUAACUCGCGAUGCUGCUUAUUUGAAUCUAUACAUAUUUAUAUUCGCAAUGUUGAAUUUUUCAAUGAGUAACAUUAUUUCGCGCGUGUAAUAUUCGAAGUUGUCGGGAUUGUCGUAUUUUAUGUUGAAACAUAUCGCGUGUAUAAAAGUGUCGGGAGUGUCGUUAACCGGUCGUACUGUAGUGAUAAUUAGUGCCAUGAGCGGUGUGCGUCUUUCUGGAGCAAUGAUGCCGGGUUGCCAACGGAUUGUAUAGGCAGAUCAUCAUCUGUAAGUAGUGGUCUCCGAUCGUUUGAAAAGCGAGCGGCUCGGAGCCGCCGCACCGGACGGGAGAUAUGCGCAGCAAGCAGCAGCCCAGGCCUUCUUUCCGAUGGCCGCAGCAACGCGGUGAUAACCUUACCGGGGAGGACGGCGUCGAAGGCUCUGCGCCCGGUACGGACCUCCAAGGCGAGGAGGGCGAUUGCGUUGACGAGGAUGGCCCUAUUAGUCCCAGCGAGAGGGGCUGUGCGCCCGCUGCCAAGGAGGACGAGGAUGCCGAGGGAACGGACGAAGAGGACGACGAGGAGGCAUCGCCACCUACGCCUCCGCCCUCCGCCACCUCGAGGUUAAACCCGACUAUCCUGAGAGACACAGGACCUCCGGACAGGGAGCAAAUGAGUCCGCGCUGUCCCUCGAGAGACUCUCGGGAAUCGUCCGGUCCGGCGACCGGAAGUCCCCCACCACCCGCCACCAGGAGCAGCGCGAGCCCGGUCAGUCCAAGUAGUAUCGUGCCUCUACCUUUCGGAAAUCACCCCCUGCUACCGCCCCAGUCAGCAGCGGUCAUGGCGGCGUACCUGCAACAGACUCAUCAGCGCCUCCUCCUCGGCCACUCGCCCUUGUCGCGCGGCUCGGUGUCGCCACUGGUUUCUUCCUCGUGUUCGCCACCGGCCGCCACCCCCGGUCUUCUGGUCUCGCCCACCAGCAUCGGAGAGAUCUCGCCGUCGGCGACACCGCUGCCAGCCGUGUUGGAUUUUAGCACGAGGAAGGUGUCCACCUCCGCCGAGGAGGACGAAGAGGAACAGAUAUUGAAUCUCAGCAAACCGCCUACGCCGUCAUCCUCGACGGAAACGAACAACGGUCCGCUGGAUCUCUCGGUAUCCAGCAGAAAACGACCCGGUCCGGAGGACUCGCCGCCGCCGCCACCGCGCAAGUCGUCGAGACUGGCUUCCUCGACGAAUCCUACGAAUCUUCCGGAAACGGCGGCGGGUGUCACGUCAUCCGGCUUCGGUCGACCGCCCGUCGUGUCGCCCUGGACGUCGCCGGUGGUGGCCUCGCACUUCCCGUAUUUCGCCGCGGCGGUGGCGGCAGCGGCUACUAGUCAGCAGCAGCUCUCGCCGAAGAGCACCAGCGGCGUGGUGGAUCAUCAUCAGCUCUGGAACGGGAAAAUGAAGCCGCCAGCGGCGCUGGACAAACCGUAUCAGCCCAGCGAAGCCACGAAGGCGCUCGAGAAGAUGAGCGAAUUGAGCAAACUCGGCGGCGAGGAUCUCUUCAGAUCGUCCUCCGGCGGUGGCAAUACAACCGGCGCCAACGCAUCGGCGACAACGUCCAGCAGUCGUCACAGCGCCUGGCAAUCUCACUGGUUGAACAAGGGCGCCGAUCAAGCGAAGGACGUUCUGAAAUGCGUGUGGUGCAAGCAGAGCUUCCCCACGCUGGCCGCAAUGACGACGCACAUGAAAGAAGCGAAGCACUGCGGCGUCAACAUGCCCGUGCCGCCGCCAGCGCAGGGGAUUCACUCGCAGCAGACGACCAUGCCGACCAUUCCGCCGCCGCAGCAACCGCAUCAGCCGCAGACGUCCAGCAAUAACAGCGGCAGCAACAGCUCGGUGGCGCCUAGCAACAAGCAGAGUCCAUCCGAUUUAAAUCUCUUGAUCAAGGAAACAAUGCCGCUGCCGCGGAAGCUCGUGCGCGGCCAGGACGUCUGGCUGGGCAAGGGUGCCGAGCAGACGCGGCAGAUUUUGAAGUGCAUGUGGUGCGGACAGAGCUUCCGCUCUCUGGCCGAGAUGACGUCGCACAUGCAGCAAACGCAACACUACACGAAUAUCAUCUCUCAGGAACAGAUAAUAUCUUGGAAGUCGUCCGACGAGAGCAAAGGAAGCGGCGCGACUGGCGGUGCCGGGGGUGGCGGAAGCGUCGCCGGUGGCGGAAGUAGCGCGGGGGUGCAGCCGGGCGGAGGAUCCGCGCCUCACGGUGGGAACAACGGCGGUCCCGGCGCCGGUGCCACCAGCAGUCACGUCAGCGCUGUACUAACCUGCAAGGUCUGCGAUCAGGCGUUUAGCUCUCUGAAGGAGCUGAGCAAUCACAUGGUGAAGAAUUCACAUUACAAAGAGCACAUAAUGCGAUCGAUCACCGAGAGCGGAGGUCGCCGGCGGCAGACGCGCGAGAAACGGAAAAAAUCACUGCCCGUGAGGAAGCUGCUGGAACUGGAGCGCGCGCAAAACGAGUUCAAGAACGGCGACGCCGCCGCCGGACUGACCCACAGUCUUGGCAAGCACGCCGGUAGGAUCACGUGCGAGAAAUGUGGCGAUAAGAUCGAGACGCCGCUCUUCGUCGAGCACAUACGCCAGUGCAUCGGCGCGGGCACGGUGAGCGGUAGCCAGCGAAACUUUCUCAAGAACGCGCUCAUGUCCAAUCAUUUGUCCGCGACGUUACCGCCGAGCGAAAGCGGGCGGAAGAGCGUCAACGAGGAGACAUCCUCGAUAUCGUCGAGGCACCACCGCUCACCGUCGUCGGCCAGCGACGCGACCACACCCGGAAAGGACACUCCCACGCCGAAUACCAAUGACAACGCCGCACCGAUAGGCACCUCGCCGUCAGUGCUGAACGCAAUAGAGAAACUCAUCGAGAAGAGCUUCGAUUCUCGCGUGAGGCACGGCACGCCCGGCCUGCAUCACGCUCAGCCCGGGGCGCCUAUGGGUACGAGCAUCCUCAAGCGUUUGGGCAUCGACGAGAGCGUGGACUACACGAAACCUCUCGUGGAUCCGCAAACGAUGAAUCUACUUCGAUCGUAUCAGCAGCAGCAGCAUCAGCAGCAACAUUACAACGCGAGUGCCGCGGCGAGAAGAGAGCGAAGCGGCAGCGAGUCCAGUUCAAUAUCGGAACGAGGAAGCGGCAGAACGGACACGAUGACGCCGGAAAGACGCAUGGACUUAUCCGCCACGAGCCACGAACGACACUCGAGCUCUCUGUCUCACCAUCAUCGCGUCACUCCGGAGAAGCAGACCGCUCCAUUGCCACCUAGUCGCCAUCAUCAGCCGACAGAGGAGUCCGGUGAUGAGGAACCGUCCACUGUGGUGGUGAAAAAAGAGCCACGGGACGAGGAAACGGAGGAACGAGGCGCGAACGAGGAGGAGCAGCAGCAGCAACAACAACAACAACAACAGCAAUCGACGAGGGAAGUAUUCGUGAAGAAAGAGGUGGUGGACGAUCGGGAUGAGGAGGAUCAGAGUUCCUACAAUCAUCGACGGAGCAGCCUCCACGAAGCGCCGGAAGACGGACGGGAGGGUCUGUCACCCCGCAUGAAUCCACCGACGCCUCGGCCGACCAGCCAGGUGGAACAGGUGGCGCGCAGCCCGUGCAGAAACAGCACGAGCAGUCCAACGAGCAGCGACCGAUCGGUGACGCCGCGCGGCACGCCCGACACCAAGGCGUCCAGCAGCCUCGGUGCGCUGUCGUCCAUGUUCGACAGUUUGUCCGGCGGUGGCGGUGGAGGCAGCGGCGGCAACGUCGACUCGCAAGGGCGCAAGACGAGCAGUCAUCCUCUCGCGGCGCUGCAGAAGCUGUGCGACAAAACGGAGACGCGAGGCUCGAGCGCGAGCGGCGCAUCGAGAUCCGGCGGCGGUUCCGCGACCACCAUCGGCUCGAGCAGCGGCAGCGCUGCGGGGACAACGGGUCCGGGUCCCGGACCGACACCAGGUGCGAUCUUGGCAUUCAGCUGGGCUUGCAACGAUGCCGUGGUGACCGCAGAUUCGAUAAUGAAGUGUGCGUUCUGCGACACGCCCUUCAUUUCAAAAGGCGCUUACAGGCACCACUUGUCGAAGAUGCACUUUGUCAAGGACGGCGUUAUCCCGGACCCGUUGACCAUCGGCAGAUCUGCCGCAGCCGCUGCGGUGGCGGCCGCCACGGCGGCGUCCCAGGGCACUUCCGGCGGGCCGAGCCGCAACUCCUCAUCGCCGCCGACGUCGCAGCGCAACAAGUCGCCGCCGAUUCCGCAGGCGAACGGCAGCCCGUCGCAGUCAGCGGCCUCGCCCCUCGAGGAGAGCCCGCACUCGAAAUUUCUCAAGUAUACGGAGCUGGCGAAGCAGCUGUCCAGCAAGUACGUAUAGUCCGAGCCCCGUAAGUAGCGGUGCCACUUGUACAUAAAUGUAUCUAUACUGUAACGACUGUAACUAGCGAUGUGAUUGAAAAAGGAAAAAAAAAAGCAAAACUUUGAUGACCCCUUUCCCCGCGAACACCGCCGCGCCGAACGACGUCGUGGCGCAUCCGACGUCUUCGGGUUUAUGCUUAAAGAGGCUGUGUCGUGGCUACAUCGAUGCCGGAAGAGAAAUUCUAGUAGGUACGCGAACGAUCGCAAAUGUAAUAAAAAUACUUUCCGAUCAUCACUUAUUCGCAUUCGGAAUAAAUCGCAUCUUAUUCGCGUAUUAUAUUAUUGUCGUACGUAAGACAAGAUCGAUCGUAUCGUAACAUUCGUAGUUUUGAUCAUUCGAUUCUCUUAUGACCAUACGAUGCGUAUAAUAGGUACGUGUAACGAAUCGAGGAUGGAAAUCGGUACAAUUUCACUGAAUUUUAAUCUCGAU